AUGUAUGGCAAAGUUGUGAGCGCUGUGUCGGCACUUCACAAUGCUUCACAAAGAGGUAUCUCAAGGGAUAACUGGCAUAAGCGCCGCAAGACCGGCGGUAAACGCAAGCCCUACCACAAGAAAAGGAAGUAUGAGCUCGGACGCCCUCCUUCAAACACAAAAAUUGGACCUCGUCGCAUCCACACGGUGAGGGUCCGUGGUGGGAACAAGAAGUAUCGUGCUCUGAGGCUUGAUGUCGGUAACUUCUCAUGGGGCUCUGAGUGCUGCACACGCAAGACCAGGAUCAUUGAUGUGGUCUACAAUGCCUCCAACAACGAGCUGGUCAGAACCAAGACCCUGGUGAAGAACUGCAUCGUCCUCAUCGACAGCCUUCCCUUCAGGCAGUGGUAUGAGGCACACUUUGCCACUCCUCUGGGACGCAAGAAGGGAGCUAAGCUGACUGCUGAUGAGGAAGAGGUCCUGAACAAGAAAAGGUCAAAGAAGACCCAGAAGAAGUACGAUGAGCCUUGCAUCGCCUCCAGACCCGGCCAGUGCGGCAGAGCAGACGGCUACAUCCUCGAGGGAAAAGAGCUUGAGUUCUACCUGAGGAAGAUCAAGGCCAAGAAGGGCAAAUAG